CUUUUAUUUUGACAGCUGUGAUUAGAUAGUAGACGUUUGCUGUAUGUGGCUGUAGCCCGCUGGCGGAGCGGCACUUUCCGAACUACACGCCGAUGAAACUGCAGCCGGGUUUAUUCAUACUACCACCAUAGUUUGGACUUUCCGAACCAAACCACUCGGAAAUUCACAAAGUACCCAAAAGACAACCUUUUAAGUCACUUUUGUGAAAAAAAGACUCUAACUUAGUGUGAGGAAAUCCGUUUUGCUUUGGUCAUGGCUGUAAACGUGUUUUCGACAUCAGUGACAAGUGACAACCUCAGCCGCCAUGACAUGCUCGCGUGGAUAAACGAGUCUUUACAAAUGAACCAUGCCAAGAUCGAGCAACUGUGUUCAGGUGCUGCCUACUGUCAAUUCAUGGAUAUGCUGUUCCCAGCAUGUAUCCCACUGAAGAAAGUCAAAUUCCAGGCCAAACUUGAGCACGAAUACAUCCACAACUUUAAACUUCUUCAAGGGAGCUUUAAAAAGAUGGGAGUUAGUAAAACUAUCCCUGUUGACAAGCUUGUAAAAGGCAAGUUCCAGGAUAACUUUGAGUUUGUGCAGUGGUUUAAGAAAUUUUUUGAUGCAAACUACGAUGGAAAGGAAUAUGAUCCUGCGGCGGCUCGACAGGGACAAGAAACGGCAGCUAAUCAGAGUCCAGCUGCGGCCACAGCUAACAAGCCAAAGAAACCCAGCUCAGACACAGGUGGCACACCGCCAGUCAAGCCAACGGCCCCAGUUGCUCCACAGCGUUCAGCGGCAGCACCCAAAUCUGCAGCACCAAAGGUGGCUCCAGUGCGUGCCACAGGUGGGGCUGAUGAGGAGAAAGAAGCACUUACUCAGAUGAUAAAUGACUUGAAGGCCAACAUCGCAGACAUGGAGAAGGAAAGGGAUUUCUACUUCGGUAAACUCAGAAACAUUGAGCUCAUCUGCCAAGAGAAGGAGGGUGAGGGAGACCCAACAAUGCAAAAGAUUAUAGAUGUUCUAUACGCAACAGAUGACGGUUUUGUCAUUCCAGAGGAUGAGGGGGGUGAACCAGAAGAGUUUUGACCAAUUCGGGGUCUUUAAAUCAUUCUCUUGGACACUCAAAUGCACACAUUAGCUGAUUCCUGCUGCACUUGCUUUGCCUUUGGUCCGUUGUUAGUGUUUUGGACUUUUGACUGUUGAAUGUCUUUUAUUCAGGGAAGUUGAAUACCUUGAAUUUUCAGCUCUUUUUAUUGACCAUCAUAAUGUUAUUUUUGUGAAUGAAAAUAAAGUACUU